GACUUGUUCGAGGUUGUCCAGUCAAGAAGAGGCAGAGAUGGCUUCGAUCGUGAUCAGUCGCAGACCGUCCUGUGACAGUGAUGUCUGACUCCUACUUGGGGAUGGAGGUCAGACUUCCUCCUUCACUUGGCUGGACGCCAUAUCCCGCUGACCCUUAGACUGUGGUGUCCGGCUGCGUUGUCUGCAUCAUGGGGGGCCAUGGACCCUCUAACAGGCUCCUGAUCCUGCCUCUCCUCCUGACUUUGGCUGAUCUCAGCCCUGUCCAGGCCCAGAAAGAAUGCAACUGCUCCGUGGUGAGCCCCGGUGUGCUGGCGGGGAUCGUGCUAGGGGACCUGGUGCUGACGCUGCUCAUCGCCCUGGCCGUGUACUCCCUGGGCCGGCUGGUCCCUCGGAGCCGGGCUGCCGCGGAGGUGUCCCGGAAACAGCGCAUGGCUGAGACAGAGUCGCCAUAUCAGGAGCUGCAAGGUCAGAGGUCAGAUGUCUACAGCGACCUCAACACGCAGAGGCAGUAUUACAAAUGAGCCUGAACCACAGCAGUCAAUGGCCUGAUACCUGGAUACAGACAUUCCUGGUGUCCACCCGGCGCCCUGUUUUAAGACCCACCAAGAUGCGGAUCCACAGUGUUCCUUAAGAUAUCAUACCUCUCCCCACUACUGUCCCCAAAUAAACAUGGAACACAAAA